CCCCCCGGGGUUGAGCAGCAAGUGUGAAUGGAAAAUAGUGCGAAAAGUUGGAAAGAAAAGCAAACACGUUCAACCGCCGCACAGUAAUUAUGGUUGUGUUGUGUGGUGGCGUUAUUGGGCAAAUUAUCGGUGAAAGAGAAACGAAGUGAGUUUCGGUAGUUAUCCAAAAAAAAAAGAAAAAUAAUAAAUAAAGAAGCUCCAUCGAUGGGAGUGAUAGUGUCGAAAGAGGUGCCGAUUAGUGCAAUUCGAAUUGUUGUUGAAGUACACAAUCACAAAGGGCUCUCGAUCACGUGUGAAACGGAAAGCACACACCGACCAGCUCGGGGCGGGAAACUGCGGCGUUUGAUUCCCAUGAUCGUGAUCGCGUCUGGGUCAACAGGGAACGAGGUUAAGGAAUUGGAAAGAUUGAAAGAAGGAUGCAACGCUGCUUAAAACGCUGAUUGUAAGUGAAAGAGUAACAGGGAGGAAGUCUCCCUUCAAGAUGGCGUACGUUGUUUGGCGCGUGCUUUUGAAGCAGUAUUCAAAGGUUCGUCUGGGCAUUCAGAGGAACCCAUCGGUGGAAGAUGAUAUUUCUCCAACAACCCGUCGUACGAAAUCUUUCGACGAUCAAGCGUGGAAAGUGCAUGACGAAACGGUGAACCUAUCUGCAAACAUUUCCGCCAUAUCAACCACCGCACUGGCAAUUCGUUCGCCUCGGGUAGACUACGAUCUGGAAUCGCUGAGCAGCUCUAGAGAGCCCCGAUCAAGAUCGUCCGGAUUGGAUGAAGUGUUGGUCGCGGGCGGUAUAGAAGAUUUAACCAGUGAUGCACAUAGUUCUACUCUGAGCCGUGGUGAAGUGCGCAAAAGUCGUUCCAAAAUGAAGAGUUACCUGAAACGUUGUAAGGAUGUGCUAAUUAGUGGUGUGGUAGGACAUACGGGUAGUGUUACGUCCGGCUGUCCAAACACCAACACAGCUGAGGAUCAUCAGGAUGUGGUAGUGUACCAUGCGCAGAGUGAUGAAUCACAGCCAAAUAGUACGUCCUGUUGGUAUUUGGACGAUCACUUGGUGGAGUUACGGCCGGAAGAUAACCGUGAGCCAUACUCCUCACUCGCUUCAGCACGGCUGAAGUCAGAGUUGGAGGAGUCGCGAAUGGCCAGGGAGGCUAAGAUAGAUGCUGAGAGAAGUCUGGACGAGGUUGCAGUAGUUGGUGCAGAUGUACCUACCGCAAAUGUAACGACAAUUGUCACGAAUACUGCGAGUAGUAGUGUAGCAAGAAUUGGAGGAACUUCCGAUCAACUGCAACAUUCUACAGAAAGUACAUCCAAUGCUGAUGUAUUUUCUGAGGAUCCUGGCCAAUCAACGACGCUACAGUCGGAUGCGCUACCGGGCGGUUUGGUGGGACCGCUUGCUACACUAACCCGGGACGGUUUAUCAUCGGCGCAUGGCAGUAGCGUUAGCAGCAGCAUCGAGAGUCUGAUCGACCAUUACCUGGGGCCACUGUAUCCGGACUAUGCGGACCACACGCGUCCGAUGUUGAUCCGACAGGCGCGCGAUUUGCUCGUCUGCACGUUUCACGGCGAUCUGGAGCGGUUCGAGAGUGACUUCCUGCGUCCGGGCACCGAUAUCGUCCGGGAGCUGCGAUGCGCUUAUCAACGGGGCAAGGAUUUGAGCUGGUGUGACGGUUGGCCACUGGCUGUUGCAGGAGCCUUGGUGCUCCAUCUUGGGGCUCUUGAUGAAUCGCUGGUCCGAUCGCAGGAUACGUACCUUUGCAUUCGACCGGAGCCGGAUACAAGCAAACCCGAGCUCUAUGCAGUUUGGCGUGGCACAUCCACAUCCUCAGCAGCAGCAGCAGGAGCAGCAACAGCGUCAAACGUUGCCCCCAACGCAACUCAACACCCAUCGAUCGUGUACCGUCGGUUGGAUCCGAUCCGUGAUCCGAUCACCCCUCUAGCUGUGGAGAUGCUAACGGAAGAUCUGCCCGCACUGUUGCAAAACCUUCUGGUCGGCAUCGAGCGGGCGAUCAGCCGCGUCCCGCUGGAGGACCUUUCCUUUCCCACCAUCGACGGUGGUACGACGCUAUCGGCUACCGUUACCGAUCCGCUCCACGCAUCCGAUCCGGACGAGAACGGUGAGCGGUGCGAAACUGAGCGUAGCGUUGUGCAGCACGGCAGCAGCGCACCGGGCACACCCAAGCUUGGGCUGCUGAAGCGUCGCGAACUGAUCACCAAAAACAACAAGCUGCUAAUCAACAGCAAGUACACGCAGCUCAAGCGACAACCGCUGGCGACGGUCGUUUCCGGUGCGAACCUGUCAACGGUUGCCGGCAGACCAGUGCCGGGGGCGACCGGUGGUAAUCAAAACGGUCCACACGUCAACGGUGGAAAAAGUGAAAAUGCUCCACAGAUCGGUAGCAAUCAGUGUAAUGACGGCCUAAGCGUAACCAUCUGCGACACCGGUGGAGAUGAGGGCGAUGGUGGUGGUGGCGGUGGCGGUGGUGGCCAAGAAGGAGAUAAUCAGCAAUCAACAGCGGGUGAAGUAGGUUCGAUAGCUGCGGCGACAGCAGCAGGGAUGCCACUAUUCUGUCUAGGCGGUUCCUUUCCACACAUCGACAGUGACGAGGAAAGCAGCGACGAGCAAAAGAAGUGCGAACCAGCACCUCAUCUACCGCACGAGAUCGUUGCCCCACGAUCGAUCCGCGAGCUACCGGAGAAACUUUUAACAUCAGGAAUUUCAAUACCAGGAACGCACGAUCGCUCCGGCUCACCGAUCAUCUACAUCGAGGUGGAGCAAACGCUCGCAUCAGGUUUGAACUGUUACGAAAUUGCAACAGUGCUACUGUACUACAACACCCUACCGAUCCAAAGACCCGCCCAUUACACACUGCAUCUGCUGGUGAACGAAAGUGCACAGCUUACCUUUCUCGACACGAUCGAGAGCACGCUGCAACUGCUGGACGGCCAUCUGAAGCUGUCCGCAAUCUUCGUAUCGGGUGCGUACGAUGCAACGGAACAGCAGGCCGGUUUGAAGCAACCGAAGGAAUAUCUCCGACCGGGGAGUGUGCGCGUACGCUAUCUGAACAACGAAACGAUCAAGAACUUUAUCAGCACGGACAAUCUGCCGAUCCAGUGCUGUGGUUUCUACGUGCACAAUCAGCGCGAGUGGGUUGAUUUCUUCCAGCUGCUGGAAACGCUGCAGCAACAGUGCGUCGAAACGGGGCGCCGUUUAGUGGGCGUACUGAGCGAUCUGCGCACCAUGGAGGCACAGCAGCAUCAGACGGGGCAGCAUCAGCCGACCCAGCAGCAGUCCGGUGUGGCAACGACACGCCGCCAGCUACAUUCGCAGCAUCGGGCGCUUAGUCGGGCGUUGAUGGACUCGGAGCUGCAGAGUUUGCGCCGCAAAGGGCCCAACACCAUCCAGCGGUUGCAGGACAAGCUGACGGUUAUCAACAACAGACAAACGCUUAAACAAACCAAAAAUUUAGUUAGAGCCUUUAGUGUAGAUAGUAGCAUGCGUAGUAGCGUUAACGGAGCUAGUAUUACCACCCACGGCGCCGAAUCGAACCGGGCCGAUAUCGAGCAGGACAUAAUAAAUGGGCGGCUGGCGGAAGUGAUCGGCAUCUACGGUGAGGUGGAUCGGGCCGCACGCAAACUGGAGCAGCUGACCGAACAACGGCGGGAGCGAUUGCGCGAGCUGACACGCCAGCGAGCCCUGGACGAUGAGAUCAAUGAGGUCAUCUGCUGGAUGCGUAACGAAGGUGAACAAUCGCUCCGUACGUACAGUGAACCGAGUGCCCUCGAAUGUCCCGACACGGCCAAGGAUUGUGAGACACAGUUCGAGCAGUUCUAUUACACUGCCCGGAAGCAUGUCAGCAAGGGGCGGGAUCUGUGCGAUGCAUCCGGCGAGCUGGAAAUUAUGCGCGAAAACCUCAAGCUGCUGAAGGACUGUGUGGAUGAGUUCCAGGAGCGGUUGGAGCGGGUACGCGAACGGAUUGAAGGGGCGGCCCGUCUACAUACACUGCUCGGUAUGCAGCAACUCAAGCUGGACGAUGACAUCCGUACGGAGAUGCUAAAGUUGGCGGAGAAGAUAGAAGCACCGACGCGGUUGAUGGAACGCUGCCGACGUUUGGUACCGACGGUACAUAGUGAACCACACGACAGCAGCUCCAGAUCAGCUGGGCAUAAUGGGGAAGGUGCCACCGAUGAACAAUCCAUCAACCAUAGUGUCCAUAACCAACAAUUCCUCAACCAUCAGAACCAUAGCAGCAGCAACAAUAACAACAGUACCAGUGAUAAUAUAAGUUUAGAUAUAAGCAUGUCGGAUGAUACGAUCACCGCUACCAGCACGCCGGAGAAGGGCAAGUUUGGUCCACCGCCACCACCGCCACCAUUACAGUCACUGCCAACACUCAAUGAGCAGACCACGGAUGCCGGACAUCGCGAUCACAGUCAGGAGAGUCAGGGAACGACGAUAAGACACCAGCGAAGUCAGAACCAUCAUCACCACAAUCACCAUCAUAACCACCACCACCAUCACCAGCGACACGAGGAAGAGGACGAGGAACUAUCGAAGAUGGCCGACUCGGGACUUGGUGGGUGUGAUCGAUGCGAAGGUAACAGUAAGCUGGAAAGGACUUGCUCCUGUCAAAGUUUCGAUGAUCCUAAGAAUGUUUGCAACAACAGUGACGAUCUGGACGAGGAUUGCUUUGAAGGUAUCUCAAAGCCACCGCUGGAUUUGCAAAUACCGCUGCAGGCGAAUGCACAUCUGUACUGUCAUGCCUCCAACCUGCAGCUAGACUACGAAGAGAACAAUCCAUUUGACCAGAAGACGCAAAAGACGCUUCUAUUGAUCAUGCGCGAAAUGAUUGGCACAGAACGCGACUACGUCCGCUCGUUGCAGUACGUGAUCGAGAACUACACGCAGGAGCUGUUGCGCGAGGACAUACCGCAGGCAUUGCGCGGUCAACGGAACGUCAUCUUUGGCAACAUCGAGCGUAUCUGCGAGUUUCACCGGCAGCAUUUUCUUAGCGAGCUGGAAAGCUGCGAACAUCACCCGCUGAAGGUCGGUACCGCAUUCCUCCGGCACGAGUCCAAGUUCUAUCUGUACGCACUGUACAACAAGAACAAACCGAAAAGUGACUCGCUGAUGAGUGAAAACGGUACCCAGUUCUUUAAGGCGAAACAGAUCGAGCUGAACGACAAGAUGGAUCUGGCCUCGUACCUGUUGAAACCGGUGCAACGGAUGGGCAAGUACGCACUAUUACUGCAGCAGCUAAUGAAGGCGUGCGCUGAUGUGCAACACACGAAUUCGAAUCCGGAAAUACUGGAAGAUUUGGAGAUGUUACAGAAGGCGGAAGAGAUGGUACGCUUCCAGCUGCGCCACGGUAACGAUCUGCUAGCGAUGGACAGCUUGCGUGAUUGUGACGUGAACGUGAAGGAGCAGGGUCGUCUACUGCGCCAGAACGAGUUUCUCGUGUGGGAGGGUAAGGCGGGCAAGAAGUCACUACGGCAGGUGUUCCUGUUCGAGGAGUUGGUACUGUUCAGCAAGGCGAGAAGAUUCCCGGAUCGGAAGAAUUUGGACAUCUACAUCUACAAAAACAGUAUCAAAACGUCCGACAUUGGACUGACGGCGCAUGUUGGGGAUUCACCGUACCGGUUUGAGAUUUGGUUCCGCAAGCGAAAGCCCGGUGACACCUGGACACUGCAGACGAUGAGCGAGGACGUGAAGAAUGCCUGGACGGAGGAGAUUUCGAAGUUACUGUGGAAGCAGGCGAAGCGUAAUCGUGAGAUUCGGCUAGCCGAGAUGUCGUCAAUGGGUAUCGGCAGUAAGCCGUGUCUAGACAUCCGUCCAAGUCAAGAUCAAAUCAACGAUCGGUCCAUCAGCAUCUCGCAGCUUGGCAAGGCACCUAAACUGCGCAACUCCUUCAUGGGUACACUGCCGGAGUCAAAGUCGAACAAACGGCCCCAAUCGAUCAUUUCCGUCAGCUCAUCCUCCUCGGGCAGUUCGUCGGUCAGUACCGGUACGAGUUCGACGACCAGUGGUUGCGAGGCAACGACGGUGAGUGUCAGUGGCAACAGUAGUAACUCGUCCGGAUCGUCCUCCGCCGCUAGCAAUAGUGGCAGUAGCAGUAGUGGUAGCAGCAGUGCUAGCAGUACAACCACAACCAGCAUCACCACGUGCAAGCGGUUAACGCUCAGCAUUACCGACCCGAAUGCUCCGGCACCGCUCAAGACGGGCUACAAGAAGCAUCAGCGAUCAACGACUCUCGUGAGCCAAUGUUCUAUGGAGAGUGGCAUCAUAGCUGAUAUUUCGCUCAGCCCGGACGAGGUGCUGGACAAUCCGCACUGGCCGCAUCAUCACCAUCACCAUCACCACCAUAGUAACCAUCAUCUACCAAAGCAUACCAACCUGAAAAAGACUCACAGUCUGGCAUCCUCAACGAUCAGCUCAGCUGGUCCUAUUUCGCUGCCUUCCUCCAUACCUUCGUCCAUUACCGGUCCGUUGGAGGAUGUUAGCAAACCGGAAGACAGCAAACCAGACAACAUGUCAUCCACGAUCGAAACAACCGACCACCAUACCAUAUCCGUGCAUCUGUAAAAUGAAAGAUCGAGCGGAACUACUACUACUACUACUACUGCUUUUGAGUAGUCUAAAUGAGCCUGACAGUCGAAAUUCACCCUGUACAAACCAUCGUUCCUGGUCCGAGUGCAAGUGUGUGUUUGUGCGUGUUAGUAUACGGGCGUGUUUUGCAUAAGUUGUGUUGUAAAUUAACCUGGCCGCGAAGUGUCGUCCGUUAUUAUCGUAAUUAGGUUUCUAUAAUAUUUCGUACUAGUAUUAUUAUUACCUUCUAUCGCUAUUUUAUAACUAUUGUUUAGAUGCUUGCAUAAUGGUGAGCUUUAGAAGGAUUUAACAAGAAAAAAACUGUUUCGAAAUAGCUAAAGCAUUAAAGAAAAAAAAACGUAAAAUAAAACAAACAAAUAAUAAACGAAUGCAAUUGUUAAUUAAACAUAGGAUCGCUGAAAAAAAAGUUUGUAAAAGCAAAUCUACGAGGGCAAAACGCGUAGGGAAGGCAACAUUCGAUAAGAAAGCUCUAAAUGUGAGGAACUUAAUUUAUUGUACUAGCGUGUUAAAUUGUAUCUUUAGCAAGAACGGAAAUUGAUCAUCUCUAAUGAGGGCCGAGCUAAGUGGACAAAACUUAUUAUGCAGAACAAAAAAAGGAGGAAACAAACAAAAUAAUCAAGCUACCAACUAAAUGUAAUGUAUUGAAUUCAGUUUUUUUGGACAACGUUCGCUUACAGAUCAAAUUAGUUUUAACAGAAAAACAGAGAGAGAGCGAGAGAGAGAGAGAGAGAGAGAGAGAGAGUUUUACUACGUUUCUUACGAUGUGCAUGAUUCCAUCGAACACAACCGUUAGUGUGUACGCUUUAAGUAAACCAUUUCACACGUGCUAUGUUUCGUCUGUUCUUUUCUUCCGUUCGUGCUUUUCUUUUUACUUUUGCUAUAAAAUAGAACCAUUGCGUUUUGUUUAGAUUGUAAACCUUGUGCGUGUGUAAGUGCUAUUCUUAUUCGCUACUGCUAGUAAUUAAUUCUUAGGGCCAACAGAAAGAACGAGAGGAAGAGACGCGCGAGAAGGGAGAGAAAGGGCGAGCGAUAAAGGUAUGAUAAGAAAUAUAUACUAUUUUAUUUACCUGUA